AUUGCAUCAGUCAGUCUGUGACGCCACAUCAAUCUUGGAGAAUGCAUACAAUGGGUUAUCUUUUAUAACAUUUCCAAUCGUGUUUUGGUCUACACAUCCUUCCUACAGACAGAUCAUUGAGGCUUCCUUCUCCAGUCACCAUGUUUAGAGCUGUGGCGACCGCUUCAAGGUCUGCCUUCACUUUCUACAAACCAGAACUUCAGGUCUGCACAAUCAUCUACACCAGGAAGAUCACAACUGCUCCUAGAAGGAGGUACCUAUCAGACUCUACGAAACCAGGACAGUCUGCCGCAUCUCGUGCUUCCGGAGCUCCUCCGCCACCUUCAGCCGAUGGCGCAGAUUCAACAGGACAACCUCCCAAGCCUCCGUCGCUCGCAGAUGUCCUAGCCAACACACCGGCACAGGACAACUCCUUACUAGCACCCGUCCACGUACCCGAAGAUCCUAAUGGCAUCCUAAAACCCAACCACCCAGCUACCGACAUUUUGAUGAAGUCAGGCUUGGUGGUGCAGCGAGAAUUGGAGGCACUGAACAUAAUAGCUGGUAUAGAGCAAUCCAAUAAAUAUGUCAUCCUUGGCCCACAGGGCGAACAUGUCGGACAUAUUCUAGAACACCAGGGUGGAAUUGGAAAGGCAGUUACCAGGCAGAUGGCCAAAACUCACAGGGCUUUCACGGCCAACAUCUUCGAUCGCUAUGGUCGGGAAGUGCUGCGACUUCAUCGACCCUUUUCUUGGAUCAAUUCGACUGCGCGGGUGCAUGACGCAAUUGCCCGUGAUAUGGUUCUCCCACCGCCCGACUCUUCCACGUCCGCGGGUUUAAGCAUGGUAAACCACGAACAACAAUGGCAAUUAUCAAGCCUGCCAAUCGAAGCAAUGCCUGUCAUUGGCGAAGCUCAUUCUCAGUGGGCACCUCUUCGUCGAAAAUACAAUUUGUUUCUAUCCCACGAGCAAGCACGCGAAACAGGUUUGGCGAUGGAGAACGAUUCUGCCCAGACUGAACAUGCGUUUCGACAAUUCGCCGCCAUCGAUGAACCAUUCUUGUCGUGGGACUUUUCUCUUCGGGGCAAGGACAAUGAACUGAUUGGGUCUGUCAAUCGCGCAUUCCGUGGAUUUGGCCGCGAGCUUUUUACCGACACGGGCAGUUAUGCUUUGCGCAUGGACUCGGCAGCGAUGGAAGAGGGAACAGUAACGAACGAGAAGAAUUUGCAACUAGGCCAGAGUGACAAUGGGUCUAUGGAAGUCGUGAGCCUCAGAGAGCAACAGCAGGGAAUGACGCUUGACCAAAGAGCAGUCAUGCUGGCCACUGCAAUCACUCUGGAUAUUGAUUACUUCUCACGGCACAGUUCCUCCGGCGGUGGUUUUAUGCCCUUGUGGUUCUGGGGCGGAAGUGGUGCGGCGGAAGCCGGUGGAGCGGGAACUGCUGCUGGAGCCGGCGUGGGAGAAGCUGGAGUGGCGGUUGGUACGGCUGGUCGUGCAGCAUCUGGCACGGCAUUGGGUGAGGCGGGUGCAGUAGAAGGCGCCAUAGGAGGAGCAGGGACUGUUGCUGGCUAUGAAGCAUGGUCGCGGGGGUCACAGUCACAGUCACCGUCACAGUCACCGUCACCAUCGACAGGAUCUGAGCACGCCGAGUCACCCAGCCAAAGCAGUGGGUUCCAGGAGCCAGACACACCAGGUUCUCCAAGCCCAAGCGAUGAUCCCUGGACCUCAGACUCACCAAGUCAAAGUGGCGAUAGCUGGGGUGCGGGUGAUGCAGAUCCGUGGAAAGACGGGGCGGGAAGUGGUGGUGGAAGUGGCGGAGAUGGAGAGGGAGGCGGAGGCCUCCUCUCAGAGCUUUGGAACUCUUUCUUCGGAGAUUAAUCGAGCAACGGUACAACGGUACAACGAUGCUGACCACGUGUGCCACGCUGAUCUAGCCUCGAUGACGAAAGGGAAGGAUUUCGUGGAUGUACAUUUUCCAUACCUCACCUGUACAACCAGAUACAUACUUACUGGAAUUGGAAUCGGAAUCUCCAAUCGUAAAGCCCAAAAUAAGACAGG